AUGCCAGCUGGUACUGCUCGAGCCACCCAGACACUGAGAAGUCAUGCUCUUACACCAACAGACCCUACCCACCAGAGGGCAGGAGGAAACCUCCGUUAUUUUGAGCGGCUGCUGUUUAAGCAGCUCGAUGAGCAGAACCAGGCCUACCAACCGGCCUCUGAGGAGCCCAUUCAGCUGGGGACUUACAGCAGACCUAAAGACCAUCUUCCAGAGAGGGAGGCCUUUGAGGCUCUCUGCAGAGGAGAGGGGCUUCAAAUGAAUGAGGCAAAGCGGAAUCGUCUGUUCGGUCGCUACCACGAUGGUAACAGAGACGAGGAGAUGGAGAAAAUUAAAGAGAUCGCAAAACCAAGGCUUGCCAGAGCUACUGUAAGAGACCCCAAAACAGGAGUCCUGACUACAGCCAACUACAGAGUAUCAAAAAGUGCAUGGUUGGAAGGAGAGGAGGACCCUGUCAUUGAGCGAGUUAACCAAAGAAUACAAGACAUCACCGGCCUCACAGUAGAGACUGCAGAGUUACUGCAGGGGACAGCGGUAUUCUGGUACAAUCUCUUCAAAAGCGGAGAGGGAGACUACAGGACAAGGCACGCAGCCUGCCCAGUUCUAGUAGGAAGCAAAUGGGUGUCAAACAAGUGGAUUCAUGAACGAGGACAAGAGUUCAGGAGACCAUGUGGCCUCACAGAAGUGGACUGA